AUGACGGACGAAUACUCUUUUGGGCCGAAUCUUUCAUGUCUCGAGCUCCCUCCAAGAUCAUUUGCCGAUGCUAGACCUGAGCUCCACCAGUUUAUCUUUCUGGUGCGGAUCAUGACCAAACAUGGCACGUUAUUCUUACAACAAACUCCUUCAUCCCUAUGGAUGCUGCCACAGCUGCAUGUCGAUUUGAAGUGGGAUCUAUCGCGAUCAGUCGCGGAUACCAUAUGGUUGAAUGUUCUGGCAGCAACAGGUCUGAGAUUGGCCUCCAUUGAUAAGCUUUCAGACCUACGCAUAACAAAAUGCGAAGCCUGCGAAGCCUGCGAAGGGUCGAUAGGCAUUUACCAAUUUGAUGCAUCGAUUCGUGAGGAAUACCAUCGAAAUCCAGCUGGCCUGUCAUGGAAACCGGCCAUCCCUAGCGAUAAGAUAUGGCUCAAAUUAUCAGAAAAUUAUCAUGGGCAUAGAUGGGUGAAUGAUCACCCUGUCACCGAUCUCAAAAACAUCAAUGCUACUUGCUCUGGGUUCGAAAAAGAGGCAUUUACUCUUGCUUGA